GCAACCAGCCUACUAACUAUACGUGACUGUCUCUGUCUCUGUCUCUGCCUCUGUCUCUCCUGCUGUCUGUCCUGUCUCUUGGUAGAGAUUCGCUCUUGCGACCCUGUUUCUGUCCAGCGAACAUUGCUUGGUUGUCCCUUGGAUUCCUACUAAUUCCUUUACCAAGGAAGAGUGAAAACACGCAGCGCUACACAAGUUUCGUACGAUGUAUCAACAUCGACUCCCAGUCGCUUUCGAAGGGCUGGUAGGAGGAGUGGGGCCAGCCACAGACACGUGCCCAGUUAUGAAGGACAGUGGCGACAGUGAGAAAGACCCUGCCAGCGGUGGCCUAUCUCACAAGACUGCCGCGUCAGACCUAGGCCUUGGUCUGGGAGCACACCUUGGGUCUACGCGACAUUUAGCGAGCUCCCAUCACCACUUGGCAGGAAGUGGUGGGAGGUCACUGCCUGGAUUUCACGGAUUCCAUCCACUUCAAUUAGCUGCCCUCUCCUCGCAGCAGCAAGCAGCCGCAGCGGCCGGCUUACUUUACCCGUCCUUAAUAAGGCCUAAUCUUAACCCAGCCACAUUUAUGGCUUCACUUGCAGCUGCAAGGUCAGGUCACCAGUUCCUAGCAGGUCAGCCACCUUCAGGUCUCCCUCCUGGCCUGCCACCAACUUCAGGGAACUUAACUAGUUUGCAUGCAACACUAGCAGCGACAGAUUCUUCGCGACAGAGAAAUCUGAUGAACAGCGUUUCUGGGAGUGACUCUGCUCGUCAGAGGGAAUUACUGGCAACUCUGUCCAAACUCGCUACUACCUCAGCAAGUGCUUACCUUCCACACCACGACUCCCCUGUUAAACCCGAUUCCUCGGCCCAUGAAAACAGCCUUCGUGGAGGCUCUGUAUUAGGCUCGUAUUCUUCAUCCAGUGGGUCUCCUUCACUGGCACCUUCGCUUAACCAUCCUAACCUCAUUGGUGCCACUUUGGCUGCUGCUACUACUACUGGAGGCUUAGGGUCUGAAACACCUUCACCCACUGCCGGCUCAUCGCCCCCUGGUAGUAAUGGUCGAUAUGAUACAUAUACCAGUACUCCUAAUGCUACCCCUGCGAGAAAGUCCGCAGCCGGCCGACCCGAUCGAGUGUUUACUUGCAAAAUAUGUAACAGAAGUUUUGGUUAUAAGCACGUUUUGCAAAAUCACGAGAGGACGCAUACGGGAGAAAAGCCUUUCGAGUGUAAAGAGUGCCAUAAGAGAUUUACUCGGGACCAUCAUCUCAAGACACACAUGCGGUUACACACAGGUGAGAAGCCUUACCACUGUACCCACUGCGAUAGGCAUUUUGUACAAGUUGCCAACCUUAGAAGACACCUUAGGGUUCAUACAGGGGAACGCCCAUAUGCAUGUGAACUUUGUGCUUCCAGAUUCUCAGAUUCUAACCAACUAAAGGCGCAUAUGCUCAUCCAUAAAGGAGAAAAACCCUUCGAAUGCGUAAGGUGUUGCGGGAGGUACCGAAGACGCCAUCACCUAAUGCAUCACAAGUGCCCUAACGAUCCUGACAGCGAUAAACGUUCUGAUGCCAUCCAGUUUGGAGAGACGACAUUUGCCGAAAGUGAUACCUACUCCAUGGGACCAGAGGAUGACGAAGAGGAUGACUUUGCCGACGAAGACCUGCAACCUCCAGCGACACUGCUAGAAGAAGAGACUCUUCCUCUGGAAAAGCGCCGGGAGAGAAAGAGUCGUGACCCUAGGCGAGUGAUUACUCAUCCGAUGAUCAGUCUGAUGGGCAAUGAGCGACUGGUCGACACGAACCAUCUCCUCAGAGGUUUACAUUCUACUCUUCCUGAACAGACAGAGCCUGAAGAUCUCAGCGUAGCAGGAUCUCGGAGUCGCGAUCGCAAUUACUCUGGGAUGUCUGCAGGGUCUAGUGUCACCAAUUACCCUGUUGGGGACCUGGAUUACUCUCGAGACUCACUUGGUGGCUCUCGCGAAGAAGACGCUGCCAGUGAAGGUGGUGACGACACCAGGUUUUCCCGUCAUAGCGACGAAGAGGAAGCAAUAGCCUCGCGUUCAUGAAACCACCUCUUAUUUUUAUAGCAGAGGCUUUCUGUUUCGUCUCAUGACAAUAAUAAGUAAAAACCAAGAGACUUUUUGCAGUUUGGAAAGAAGAAAGAUUUCAGUGGUCUUCAGCUCUGCACGUAGCCUUCGCCCUCAUUGGUGCACCCAUGUGACACUGCCAAGGUGCUGUGUGUCACUCUCGUCCACCACCCGUUGCCCCUUGUUGGAGUUAAUAGAAUAUUUAUAUAUUGGGCAGCUGGUGACGGACAGGGAUCCAUCCACAUCCUUGUUGUAAUAUAGUCUAACUCUCCUUUAAAGAAAGCACCUUUUCUUUCAAACUGGAUAAAUAGUUUUAUUAUCUACAAUCAUACAGCUUCUACUACUACCACUACUAUUACUACACACUUUCUCUUCUUCUCAAAUAAACUGUUCUCCCCCUAAUCAUCCACUUCAUGCAUCGGGUCCCAAUACUUCAUUUGAAUAAGUGAUCUAUAACCCGCCAUUGGUUAGAUGAUCAGUAGUAUCUAUCUAUUCUUGUGUGCCGUGAUCCCAACAUAGGUCGUUACUAUUAUUAGUCAUUCCAAUUCACAGGGAAAUGUACACUUUCGUACAUGAAACGAAGGGAUUUAGUUAUUAUUAUCACUGUGAGUAUGGAAGUCGAAUAUGUUUUCAAUCAUCAGAUUUUACUGUUCACUGCCAUUAAAAGACAGAUUGCUUAAAAAUAGAGAUUUUGUUGUUUAAUUGUGUUAUGGAUAAUAUUUUAUAAAUAGUCUGAUAUUAACCGUUUAAGCAGUCUUUUUUCUUAAAAUAACUAGUGAACUCGGGUUAAUUAAAACUCUUACCUUAAGAAAAAAGACGUCGCACCAUUUGAGGUAAGACAAACUUCUCUAUAAUUAUAGUGUUGGAGCCUAUUCAAAGAGAAUGUGACACUGCUGUUUUGGAGUAUGAAAUGACGUGGUUAGAAUCAACUAGGAAACGAUAAUGUAGAUUGCUUUCUAGCCCAGGAGGUGUACUGUAAGGAUAGGUGAAUCAUUUCACACUACGAAAUCAUCCUGGCUCAAAUCAUUAGUAACCCUCCCGAAAGACAGUACAAACAUUCCAAGGUUAUAUUAUAUAUAUGCUAUUUUAAGGCAAACGAAGAUAAAAGUUCUAGCUUAUCGUACCAAACACCCCUGAAUGCACCAAACCACCAGUUUAGGUUAAGAAUGCAUGUUAGUAAAGAGGGACUGCUUGAGAGAGAGAGAGAGAGAGAGAGAGAGAGAGAGAGAGAGAGAGAGAGAGAGAGAGAAAAUGCCACUAAUGGAAAGCCAUACCAGCAGGCCAAGUCAUUACCCGACUGUUCCACCCAACCUUCUCGCAAAACUUACUGUAAUCUUACUCUAGCUUCACUCAGGUCCUCCGACUGUGUCCCUCCUUUUCUGACGUUCCCUCGCCCUUCCCCGCCCUUAGAAGAUGACGCUGGGCGGCGGCGGGGGCGGCGGAGGGGUUCGGGACGAAGGAAGGGAGAAGUGAUGCAUACCAGGGUGUAUUCUCUCUAAGACCUUUGCCAGAAAGGCAUGCUGUCCGGAGGACAAUGGGCGGGAAGAGUAUGAAGUGUGACAGAGGAAGAUGAAUGGGGGAGAGAGGAAGGGAGGAAGGGGGGACAGGCUUUAAUCAAAAUGUGCAAAUCUCGAUGGAGGUUUUCUUCGAAUAGGAAUGGUUCCACCCAGGUAUUCUCCGUAACUAGACCUGGGGUGAACACAAUCAGCCUUGUGCUUGUUGUUUGUUUCUUUGUAGAACACUUCCAAGGACCGAGAAGCAGCUGUCAUGAGAUGAGGCUUAUGUCUCUGUCUGUCUGUCCAAAAUGUCUGAUUUCAAUCAUGAGUUACAUGUGCAAUCUGCUUAAAAAAAGUUGCUAAAGCACUGACGUCAGAUGUAUUUCCUCAUGAACUGGGAAAAAGAUACUACCUCUGUCAGUUUACUAGAUAAAAAACGGCAAUUUCACGUAUAGAUUUCAGGGGAGACAGUGAUUGCCAGUACUCAGCAAAAGUUAUUAAUAGAUAGAUAUCAGGAACACCACACGCAACUUCCCAGAUAAUGUUUGAAAUAAAUCACAGAUUCGAACUGUGUCCACGAACUCACAGGGAAAAAGGCAGACAAGUGGAAAUGCGCGAGAUUAACGCCUCUCCUCACUGAUUUCCAUCUUAAUCCUCCACCCUGCAUUCACCUCUGCUAGCAUAGGGGAACCGAGUCCUCUCACACAAACAAAAAUAGUAGGCCGUUGGAAGGAAGGAAGGGGCUGUCCAACUUGCCACUCUAUACUGGUGCGAGACAUCGUGAAGUUGUUGGUUUGAUGAAGUGUGUGUGUGUGUGUCAGAGAGAGAGAGAGAGAGAAAGAGAGAGAGAGAGAAAGAGAAAGCUAUUUUCCGUUUAAAUCUUUUUUAGAGUAAUUGUAAAGAAU